AUGGCCUCGGAGUUGGGUGCCGGGGACGAUGGCGGCUGCACUGAGCUGGCAAAGCCCCUCUACCUUCAAUACCUGGAGAGGGCCCUCCGGUUGGACCAUUUCCUGCGACAAACAUCAGCCAUCUUCAACAGGAAUAUUUCUAGUGAUGAAAGUGAAGAUGGACUGGAUGACAAUAAUCCUCUAUUGCCCCAGUCUGGGGAUCCCUUGAUACAAGUUAAGGAAGAACCUCCAAAUUCAUUGCUUGGUGAGACUUCUGGAGCAAGCAAUUCUGAAAUGUUAAACACAUACUCAUUGAAUGGAGUUCUACAGUCAGAAUCAAAAUUUGACAAAGGGAAUUUAUAUAACUUCUCUAAGUUGAAGAAAAGCAGAAAGUGGCUAAAGAGCAUUCUGCUCAGUGAUGAAUCCAGUGAGGCAGAUUCUCAUAGUGAAGACAACGAUGAAGAAGAAGAUGAUGAUGAUGAAGAGGAAGAACUCAGUCUCAACAGAGAAGAUCUUCAUAAUAUGUUGCGACUGCACAAAUACAAGAAACUUCACCAGAAUAAGUAUAGUAAAGAGAAGGAGUUGCAGCAAUACCAAUACUACAGUGCAGGGCUGCUCUCCACCUAUGACCCUUUCUAUGAGCAGCAGCGGCACCUUCUAGGACCCAAAAAAAAGAAAUUCAAGGAAGAAAAGAAACUUAAAGCUAAGUUGAAAAAAGUGAAGAAGAAAAGGCGAAGAGAUGAAGAGCUUUCCUCUGAAGAAUCCCCUCGUCGCCACCACCACCAGACCAAAGUUUUUGCCAAGUUCUCUCAUGAUGCACCUCCUCCUGGCACCAAGAAGAAGCACUUAUCCAUUGAGCAGCUCAAUGCCCGUCGCAGGAAAGUGUGGCUCAGCAUUGUGAAAAAGGAACUACCAAAGGCCAACAAGCAGAAAGCUUCAGCUCGUAACUUGUUUCUCACCAAUAGCCGCAAGCUCGCCCACCAAUGCAUGAAGGAGGUGCGUCGAGCCGCAUUGCAGGCCCAAAAAAACUGUAAGGAGACUUUACCUCGUGCCCGCCGUCUCACCAAGGAAAUGCUUCUGUACUGGAAGAAGUAUGAGAAAGUGGAGAAGGAACACCGCAAACGUGCAGAGAAGGAAGCCUUGGAGCAGCGGAAGUUGGAUGAAGAAAUGCGGGAGGCUAAGAGGCAACAGCGAAAACUGAACUUCCUGAUCACCCAGACAGAGUUGUAUGCCCAUUUCAUGAGUCGUAAACGAGACAUGGGUCAUGAUGGGAUCCAGGAAGAAAUCUUAAGGAAACUGGAGGAUAGUUCUGCACAGAGACAAAUUGACAUUGGCGGUGGGGUGGUAGUUAACAUCACACAGGAGGAUUAUGAUAGUAACCAUUUCAAAGCCCAGGCCCUGAAGAAUGCUGAAAAUGCUUAUCAUAUUCAUCAGGCUCGGACAAGGUCAUUCGAUGAAGAUGCAAAAGAAAGUCGAGCAGCUGCCUUGCGGGCAGCAAACAAAUCUGGCACUGGGUUUGGGGAGAGUUAUAGCCUGGCAAACCCAUCUAUCCGGGCUGGUGAGGAUAUUCCACAGCCUACAAUUUUUAAUGGCAAAUUAAAAGGUUAUCAGCUGAAAGGCAUGAAUUGGUUGGCAAAUCUCUAUGAACAGGGUAUUAAUGGCAUUCUUGCAGAUGAAAUGGGCCUUGGUAAAACAGUACAGAGCAUUGCCCUCCUGGCCCAUCUGGCUGAGAGAGAGAACAUUUGGGGACCUUUCUUAAUAAUUUCACCUGCAUCCACACUUAACAAUUGGCACCAGGAGUUUACUAGAUUUGUUCCUAAAUUUAAGGUGCUACCAUAUUGGGGAAAUCCUCAUGACAGGAAAGUCAUCAGGAGGUUCUGGAGUCAGAAGACCCUUUACACUCAGGAUGCCCCCUUCCAUGUGGUUAUCACCAGUUACCAGCUGGUGGUACAGGAUGUAAAGUAUUUCCAGCGAGUCAAGUGGCAGUACAUGGUAUUGGAUGAGGCUCAGGCACUCAAGAGUAGUUCCAGUGUUCGUUGGAAGAUACUCUUGCAGUUUCAGUGUCGGAAUCGGCUUUUGCUAACUGGGACCCCCAUUCAGAACACCAUGGCAGAGCUCUGGGCUCUGUUGCAUUUCAUUAUGCCAACGUUAUUUGAUUCACACGAGGAAUUUAAUGAAUGGUUUUCCAAGGACAUUGAGAGCCAUGCCGAAAACAAAUCUGCCAUAGAUGAGAAUCAACUCUCUCGCUUACACAUGAUAUUGAAGCCAUUUAUGCUGAGGAGAAUCAAGAAAGAUGUGGAAAAUGAAUUAUCUGACAAGAUUGAGAUUCUAAUGUAUUGCCAACUGACCAGCCGACAGAAACUGCUGUAUCAGGCACUGAAGAACAAAAUUUCCAUUGAGGAUUUAUUGCAGUCUUCUAUGGGCUCUACCCAGCAAGCACAGACAACCACCAGCAGCCUCAUGAAUCUGGUCAUGCAGUUUAGGAAGGUAUGUAAUCACCCAGAAUUAUUUGAACGACAAGAAACUUGGUCUCCAUUUCAUAUUUCCUUAAAGCCAUACCAGAUUUCAAAGUUUAUCUACCGUCAUGGGCAGAUCAGGGUCUUCAACCAUUCACGAGACAGGUGGUUAAGGGUUCUUCUUUCUCCAUUUGCACCGGACUAUAUCCAACAGUCUCUCUUUCACAGAAAAGGUGUUAAUGAAGAAAGCUGUUUCUCUUUCCUUCGCUUUAUUGAUGUAUCUCCAGCUGAAAUGGCAAACCUCAUGCUUCAGGGACUUUUAGCCAGAUGGUUAGCUCUUUUCCUGUCUCUGAAAGCCUCCUACAGGCUCCAUCAGCUGCGCUCCUGGGGAGAGCCGGAAGGGGAGAGCCAGGAGAAAUAUCUGAGAAACAAGGAUUUCCUUCUUGGGGUUAAUUUUCCACUCUCCUUUCCCAACCUUUCCAGCUGCCCUUUGUUAAAGUCUCUGGUUUUCAGCAGCCACUGUAAAGCAGUGAGUGGCUAUUCAGACCAGGUCAUCCAUCAGCGGAGAUCAGCUACCUCCUCGCUUCGUUGCUGCCUGCUCACUGAGCUGCCAUCUUUUUUGUGUGUGGCCAGUCCACGAGUCACCGCAGUGCCAUUGGAUUCUUACUGCAAUGACCGAAGUGCAGAAUAUGAGCGGCGAGUGCUGAAGGAAGGAGGGAGUCUGGCAGCCAAGCAGUGUUUGUUGAAUGGGGCCCCUGAACUUGCGGCAGACUGGCUGAAUCGACGGUCCCAGUUCUUUCCAGAACCAGCUGGAGGACUGUGGAGCAUUAGGCCUCAGAAUGGCUGGUCUUUCAUCAGAAUUCCAGGCAAGGAGAGCCUCAUCACUGACAGUGGAAAACUGUAUGCCCUUGAUGUCCUGCUGACUCGGCUCAAGUCUCAAGGACAUAGGGUCCUUAUCUACUCCCAGAUGACCAGGAUGAUAGACCUGCUGGAGGAAUAUAUGGUUUACAGGAAGCAUACCUACAUGAGGCUUGAUGGCUCAUCUAAGAUCUCAGAGAGACGGGACAUGGUUGCUGAUUUUCAAACCAGGAAUGACAUUUUUGUGUUCCUGCUAAGUACACGAGCUGGAGGACUGGGUAUCAAUCUGACUGCUGCAGAUACCGUGAUUUUUUAUGAUAGCGAUUGGAACCCCACUGUGGACCAGCAAGCCAUGGACAGGGCCCACCGCUUGGGGCAGACAAAGCAGGUUACUGUCUACCGACUCAUCUGUAAGGGCACCAUUGAAGAACGCAUUCUGCAGCGAGCCAAGGAGAAGAGUGAGAUUCAACGGAUGGUGAUUUCUGGUGGGAACUUCAAACCAGAUACCUUGAAACCCAAAGAGGUGGUUAGUCUUCUUCUAGACGAUGAAGAGUUGGAAAAGAAAUUGAGACUCCGGCAAGAAGAGAAACGGCAGCAGGAGGAAACCAACCGAGUUAAAGAACGCAAGCGCAAGCGGGAAAAGUACGCAGAAAAGAAGAAAAAAGAAGAUGAAUUGGAUGGCAAAAGGAGAAAGGAGGGUAUGAACCUGGUGAUCCCAUUUGUUCCCUCGGCUGAUAACUCCAACCUUUCUGCGGAUGGGGACGACUCCUUCAUCAGCGUGGACUCAGCCAUGCCCAGCCCUUUCAGUGAGAUCUCCAUCAGCAGCGAGCUGCACACCGGCUCCAUUCCCCCUGACGAGAGCAGCAGUGACAUGCUGGUCAUUGUGGACGACCCCGCCUCCUCAGCCCCUCAGUCCCGAGCCACCAACUCUCCUGCUUCCAUCACGGGCUCUGUCUCAGACACUGUGAACGGGAUUUCCAUUCAGGAAAUGCCAGCCGCAGGACGUGGUCAUUCAGCCCGAAGCCGAGGCCGCCCUAAAGGUUCGGGAAGCACAGCCAAAGGAGCCGGGAAGGGCCGGAGCCGGAAGUCCACUGCAGGCAGUGCUGCCGCCAUGGCGGGAGCCAAAGCAGGGGCUGCUGCAGCCUCCGCCGCUGCCUAUGCUGCAUACGGGUACAACGUGUCUAAAGGAAUCUCCGCCAGCAGUCCUCUGCAGACGUCCCUCGUUCGGCCUGCUGGCCUUGCUGACUUUGGACCUUCAAGCGCCUCUUCUCCCUUGAGCUCCCCUUUGGGCAAAGGAAAUAAUGUUCCUGGGACUCCCAAGAGCCUCCACUUGACCAGCAGCCUAGCCCCAGACUCCCUGAUCCGGAAACAGGGCAAAGGCACCAACCCCUCAGGAGGACGGUAA